ACGGGACCAGGGAGGGGCGCUGGGGGCUCGGAGCGUCCCGCGGGGCCCCUUCACGUCGCCUGGUUUGGGCGCACGGACAGCGGGUGGCAGAGACAAAGGCCUCCUGGCCGCUGCCCUUUCGGGGCAGGCGCUCCGAGCCCCCGUGCGCCCGGGGCAGGGCUCGGCCCCGCACCCCCCAAGUCGGCACCGGCACCGGGGGUGGGACCGAGGGCGGCCUGCGGGCACCUUCCGGGAGGGUUCCCUGACUUGGCGCCGAAUGACCAAAUAUGGAGCGUGUGCGCGCCCGCGGGCGGGAGGAGGGCCGGGUCCCCGGGCUCCGCGCCGGCCGGGGCAGGGGAGGGAGCUGGACGAGAACCCGCCCAGAGUGCACCUGAGCGCCCGACUCCAGACGUCCCCGCGCCCCGGGGCUCGAUUCUUUGGACAGAGCAUCCCCACGUGUUGCUCCCCAACUGUGAAAAUAGCAGCCCCGGGCGAGUCUUUAAAUAGUCCUAUGAUUCACAUUCGAGGGGGCGCCUUGCACACGCGGCUCUCUUUGUGCUUCCCACGCGGGAUGCCCAAGUCGCUUGUGUCGCGGAGGGCCGGGCCGGCAACCGCGCUGGCCGUCGCCCCCACUUCUGCGGGUGGGUCCCCGCGCAGGUGCCCUCACUGCAGGCUUCCGCUUCCUGUGCUCCCAGCCCACCGCCCCUCAUUGUUCUCGCCCACCCGGGCCGGGCGGCUGCCUUUCUUCCUUGUGAGAUGCCGCGGGCCUUCCAGUGAGAACGCUACCACUGGCAUUUCCCCCCUUUGUCUCUCUCCAUAAACAGAUAGAUAAAAUCUGCCAGUUUAUGUUGCCCUCAGUGGUUUCUAAGGCAGAUUAGCUGCUGUUUUCCUGCUUGUCCCCGUUAGGGAGGGAGCCUUUCUUGCUUUGUGUUCUGCCUUAGUAAGUUUUCAGCAUGUGAUAUUUCAUGCAAAUACAGCUCACUGUUACAUUUAGUGCAGUUUGCAUAACAACCAGUAAAGAAGGAAGGGGAGGAGGAGGAGGAGGAGGAGGAAAGCAAAGCCAGAAUAGAGUUUUAGAAACCGCAAUAAGCUGUGGGGAGUUAACCCCUCCAAGCCUUAGUUUUGUCCUCCAUAAAAUGGCAGGGUUCUCAGGAUUAAAUGAAUUAACGGAAGUCUGACAAGUUGUGGGCAGGGCCGUGCUCCCUCCCAAGUCUCCAGUGGAGGCUCCUUCCUUGUCUCUUCCAGGUUCUGAUGGCCCCAGAAGCCCCUUGGCUUGUGGGGGACGUCACCAUGUCUGCCAGGAGGUCUUCUCUCUGUGUGGCUGUGUCUUGGUGUCCAGAUUUCCAGCAUCCUAACUUGAUUUCGACUGCAAAGAUUCUGUUUCCAAAUCGGGUCACAUUUGCAGGGGGACACGCUUUCGGGGGACACUUUUCAGUUCACAGCAGGGCUCACGCAGGGCUAAAGGCUGGAUUUCUCUUUGCUCUGGUGUCUGUUCCUCUACAUCAGGGGCUGUCAAGUCACAUCGCCCUGUCCUGGACUGGAUCACCUACCACUCCUGGACCCCAGGGUGAAGCUCUACCUGAGCCACCUGGACCUGGAGUAAGGAAGGAAAGGCUCUGCCCAAACAAAUUAGGCUGUCCAUGCUGGAAUGGGGAACGGCUGCUGGGCAGGCCAAAGCGGCAACUGCCUACCACGCUGACCGAACGAGUAUUUCCUGCUGUUAUUCUCAUGGCAUGGUGUGUGGGCCUUCAGGACAGUGGCUGUGUCCUCUGGCUACUAGGAAUUAGUUUCAACAUGUAUGGAUGAAGUUGUUCUUCCAAAUCAUCACCUCAAAGCAGCAAUGAAUGUGGAUCAUGAGGUUAACCUCUUAGUGGAGGAAAUUCAUCGCUUGGGUUCAAAAAGGUGCUAAACCGUGGCUUCCCCAUUCCUGAGUGAAACUGGUGCCUGUUAACCUCCUCGACCAUCCCAGGCCGAUCUACGGGAACUGGACGGGAAACAGUCUCCAGGGACAACGGGAAUCAGCCAGACCAAACCUCCCGAACGCUGGACGGCCCCAGAAUCACACCGAAAACUGUACUUCUUCUAAAUACUCACGUGAACUUAUAACUGACAGAAACUAAUAUCUAAAAAGAAAAACCUACCAGAUAAGUAAUGAUUGAACCCUGAUGUCCCAGCCUGAAUGCAUUCGCCUGUCCUGUUAUCAUUUUUAUGUAUUAACAAGCCUUCAUAAACUACUGACAGAUUUAACCACCUUUUUAGUAGUCAUUAGGACUUGUGCUUCUUCAAAUCCCCUCACCAUGAACUCCAUAAGAGUUUUAGCGUCGGUCCUGCUCAUUCACUACCUUUCUCCUCCAAUCUCUAGUCACCUGCCUCCACAUCCCUAUGAGGAAUCAGUUCAGAAAAUAGCUGAAAUCGCCAAUAAAUCUCAGUGUUGGUUCUGUCUACGCAACAACAACUCCGAGCCCGAGCCCACACUUAUUGCCGAUCCUGCCCCUUUGCAAGUCUGGCAGCUUCUCAAUGGCACGUGGAAAGACUAUAAUUCUUACUUCUGGGAAGGACCACUUGCUGGGGAAUGGGCUGAAAUCUUCUAUAAUUCGGGAACACCCUCGUCUGCCGAAUACCGCGGGGUCCCAGUAGGUCAUGUGAAAAUACUUAAUCGAAACCUCUCACUUUGCAUCUACAAUCCGGCUCGUAAUCUCCGCUUAUCAUUUCCUCAAGGGAGAAGCCAGCCUUCCACUCCCUCCCCCACGGGUCUUCCAAAGACGAAAGCCUCCCGACAAAUACCAUUAGGACAUAUCCCCACAAAAUACUGCAACUUUACCCUAAAAUACCGGAGCUGGGGAUUCAACCAGUCUAAGGCUGUCUUUAGUAACACCCCUCUAGAAUACUCGACUUACUCCUACCCCAACACUACUGAUCGUGACGGACAGGCCUUUCAAUUUAACGGGGAGCUUGUCCCUUUAUGGCCAUGCCCGGCCAUCAUCUCCACUUACUACCACCAAACCCGGGGACCCCUUCCACAAGCGAUCAACUCCAGUUACCCCCCCAGCUCUUACUCCUGGACUUGGGUAGCACAGGAAGUAUUCUUUCCCAAUACCUCCUACCGGGUAGAUGUCGCGAGUGGAAAUCUGUACCACGACCUCUUCCUCGCCGGAGACUGCUCUUCCGACUCCCUGGGUGUAGACAGCCCUGGUGACUACACCGGCAUUGGCCUGUUAUCUCAACUCUUCGACUUGCUGUCCUGCCAGCAGAGCAACACUCGAGCCCCUUGCGAGACAAUGUGGAUAAACGCUUCAGACCCGGACUCCCAGGUUUUCAUGCCUCUCUCUUUGUCCUUAGAAGGCACAGGAUAUUUCUGGCUAUGUGGAGACAAAAUCUACAUAGCGCUCCCUUACUCCUGGCAUGGAACCUGUGGCCUCGUCUCCCUAAUGCCGGACAUACAUUAUCGCAACAGACUUAACUCAUCUCAAAUCCUAAAUUUAGGGUCUCAUACUUCCUACCAACUUCUCCCUCCAAAACGACAGAAGCGCAGCACCACGCUCAAGCCACUUGAAGAGAAGCCAGGCACUGGCUAUGCCAUCCUACGCCAAUUCCUUCCUACUCAUCGCUAUUUAGACUUGGAAGCAGCCAUCAAAAAUAUCUCACUACAGAUCUACAAUGGGUUCAACCGUACUCAGUUUAGCCUUCUUGGACUACAGAGACAGGUGACACCUGUAGCAGAAAUGGAACUCCAAAACCUACGGGCUUUAGGCAUUGUUCAUGCCAUCGAAGGCGGCCUCUGUGCCUUUCUCGGAGAAGAAUGCUGUUUCUACAUCAAUGAGUCUGGGCGAGUUGUUCAAGAUGUAACUAAACUCCGAGAGAUCGCCACCUCAGACCAAAAUGUCAGGCGUUCUAAAUCUUGGAAUGACCUCACAUCUUCUCGCCUUUUCUCCUCAUUCCCUGAUAACUUCAGUAACCUUCUCUGGCCUAUUCUACAAGGCCUAUUUAUCCUCUUACUCUGCUUUCUUGGAGUAUUCUUCCUUUUCAAGUUAGGUUCCCAACUGAUUUCUCGAUGCUCCACCCAGGUAACCAACCACACAUUACUCUCCCAGACAAUCCCAACUCCGGGGACCCGUGAGCACCUCCAGCCGCAUGCCAAGCAAUUCCGCUCCUCUAGACCCACCCAACGCCCCUAAUCAGCAUGAAGCAGCCAGAGCGGGCGUCACCCAAAAUCCCUCAAGACUGAGGAAUGUUAAAGACUCGAGGGGGGACUGAAGGCAUGGGGGCAUGGCUGGGAGUCCCCGAAUUAUUGUCAUAACUAACAUGAUUCAGGCCAAAAGCCAUUGUCAGGCUCUCUUCCCUUCCCAUAAUGAAAGUCUCUCCUCAGCUUGUUUUACAGACAGACGUGGCCGUGGGUUAUAAAUAGGAGCAUGUGCAGAAAUGCAGAUUUUUGUUGCUUGAACAACCCCUGGGACGUUAGGAACAAAAAUCACUGUCCUCGGAGCCAAGAUUACGUGGAUGAAGGGACAUUAGAAGCAAGUAAAAUGUGAGGGAUCCCUCAAUAAGGAAGAUCCUAUCUGCAGGCUUAUUACUAUCAUAUACGGACAAUUCUGUAAACAACCAGUCAGAGUAUGCCAACCUGAAUCCCCAUCACUAACCCCACAUCCCAUUGUUCCCAUCUUAUAACACUACCUUAAUUCUCAGAUAGGGGAGACAGAUUUGAGCUUGCCUCCUGUCUCUUUGCCAGUCGACCUUGCAAUAAAACUUCCUUUUCUCAGAACCCUGGUGUCACAGGAUGGGCUUCUGUGCACAUUGGGCAGUGAGCCCGUUGCUUGGUAACACGCUGUGUUCCGGAUUCCUCCCGACUCCUGUGAGUUCAUGUUACUCUCGGGAAAGUACUGUUACUUGGAGUAUUAAAGCAGUUUAAUGUGUAUUUCAAAAGAUUUGUAGGAUUUUCUUCUCCUUUAGAUCUUUAUCCAUUUUAGUCUGGUGUUUACUGAUCAGAUUCAAUUGCUUUUAAAAUUCUAACCUCUCCCACCUCUAGAACAGUGUCAUUCUUUAACUAGGGCCAACUGAACCUCUGCUUCAAAAUUAGCAGAAAAUAUUUUGAAUUUUGCAGCUUCACCAGGCUGCCUUGACUUACCACUUCCUGGGAGAUUAUUGAGCUGGGAUACGUUAUCCUCUGCUGUGUUAUGGUUAAUUAUUUCAGUUGCAUCUGGAAUAAUUUUGACUAAUCUACAUAGGAUGUGUGAGCUCAAGUUGGAAAUUGAUGGAUUUCGUUUUCUCUGUUUCUUUUAAAAUCAGAUUCUUUAAAGUCUCUCAUUUUUCAUCCACUAACAAAGAUAAAGUGGAGAAAGAUUAUUUAAAGAUUUAAAUCCCUUCAUUCAGCAAAUUCUUCUUGAGGAUUAGAGAUGUGGAAAUAAAAUUCCAUCUCUCAGUCCUUCAGGGCCUCUGAGUAUUUGGAAAACAGACAGACUGGAAGUGUGUGUUGGGAAGUGCUUAAGGGCAUGGAAACUGGAGUCAUAUUCUCUGGGAGUGAAUCCCAGCCCUUCCAUCUACUUGCUGUGUGACCUCAGACACGCCACUAAACUUUUUUGUGCCUUGCUUCCCUUUGUGAUGAUAAUAAUACUCCCUUUCAGUGAUUUCUAAGACACUUUUUUCACAGUUUAAAAUACCUGAAAUAAGGAUACAUCUUACAAUUUUUGGUGUGCUACAAUUAAAUUGGCAGUUUAAUUGGAAUAUAAUACAAUGAUGCUUCUUGGAAUUGUGUCACCUUCGAUGAAAUGAGGAUUGAGUUUUAAUGAAGGUAAAAUGCAUUGAACGGCUCAAGGAAUAAAGUGCCAUAAAUUUAACUAUUAAUUACUAUAAAUUGAUGGUGAGGGCUUUGUUAUAAUCAAUUUUAUUAGAAGAGCUAUUUAUGCAAUUGAGAUCCUGGAGGGCUUCUCAGGGGAGGUGACAUUUGAGUCCAUUCUUGAAGAAAAAGAAUUUAGCUAGGGAAAGGGGUCUGAGAUGCUGGGUAGAUGGGUCAACACGCAAAAUUACGAAGGCAGAAUUGUCACCUUGGGCAUCAGCAAGCAAUUCAUUAUGCCAGGAUCAAAAGGUGCCUGGAGUGAGAUGGUGGGAGAUCUGGCAAGAGAGGGAGCUUGGGGAGCUUGGAGAGCCUUACCCGAGAGGCAAGGGCUGCACUUGUUUUGAGGGCAGUAGGGAGCCACUGAAGAUUAAAGUGGUGGAGCAGCAGCCAGGUCUGCAUCUUUUAAAGUUUGUUCUGCAUUGGUUAUUGCACAGCAAUGUUGGGGAGGUACUGGGGGCAAAAACAGAGAAAGGGAGGCUGCUCAGGGGUUUCACAGUGACCCCGGCAAGAAACAGUUAGGGCUGAACCAAGGAAUUAACUGACAGCGGAGAGGACAAGCUAGAGCUGCUGAAGACACCGAGAGGGCAGAGGCACCCGGACUGAGCCUCAGAUCUGGGAUGAGUGAGCCGGAUAAUUCCAGGAUUAUGUCCGGAUUUCUGCCUUGGGUGCUUUUUAAAAAUUUAACCUAAUUUGAAUGUGGCUAAAAGGGGAAAUUUGAGGUUGUAUAUAUGUUGCUAGAAUGAAAAUUUAAAAACAAACCAACCAUUUUACUGUACAGCACAGUCAACCCUAAUGCAAACCAUGAACUCUAGUUAGUAGUACAAUUGUAACAGUAUGCUUUCACCAUUGUAACACAGGUACCACACAAAUACAAGGUGCUAAUGAUGGGUGUGUGUGUGUGCGCGCACUCUUUAUUUCUGCAUGAUAUUUCUAUAAACUUACAGCUUCUCUAAUUAAAAUGAAAAACACAUUAACCUAAUUUGAGAAGUUCCUCUACGCCAGGCAUUCUGCAAAGGCCUCCCCUAUAUCAUAUCUUUUAAUCUUG